CCGAACUCACGGUCGCGCAGUCACGUGUAUUGUACCUGUUCAGCCAGACUUUAUUGAGCCAGUCACGUGAGCACCUUAAAGUCCAUUACCGAGACGGUACUCAAUCUCGCCCCCACAGUCCGUUCGGAUGCUUCAAGGAAAGCCUGACUGUUGUCUCGCCCAACAACGACGAAUAAGAAAACAAGAAAUGUCGCAUCCAAACAUCAAGGACGGCUGGUUCAAGGAGUCACAGGCCCUGUGGCCCGGCCAAGCCAUGACCCUCCAGGUCAAAGAGAUCCUCCACCAAGAAAAGUCACAAUUCCAGGACGUCCUGGUCUUCCAGUCCACCAACCACGGCAACGUCCUUGUCCUCGACGGUGUGAUCCAGGCUACCGAGCGCGACGAGUUCUCGUACCAGGAGAUGAUUGCUCAUUUACCACUGAACGCUCAUGCUAACCCGAAGAAGGUCCUUGUAAUCGGCGGCGGCGACGGCGGCGUCCUCCGCGAGAUCGUCAAACACGACUGCGUCGAAGAAGUCACCCUUGUCGAAAUCGACGAAGCGGUCGUCAAAGCCUCCAAAAAGUUCCUCCCCGCCAUGGCCGUCGGGUUCCAGCAUCCGAAAGUCAAACUGCACAUCGGCGACGGGUUCGCGUACCUGAAGGAGAACGAGAACACGUACGAUGUGAUUAUUACGGAUUCGUCGGAUCCGGUUGGGCCUGCGGAGUCGCUAUUUGGAGAGACGUUUUAUGAUCUGAUGCGCAAGGCGUUGCUGCCUGGGGGUAUUAUUUGUACACAAGGCGAAUGCCAAUGGCUCCACCUCCCCCUCAUCCGCUCCGUCCUCACCCACGCACGCACCAUCUUCCCCGUCGCCGAGUACGCCUGGGCCUCCGUCCCCACCUACCCCUGCGGCAACAUGGGCUUCAUCCUCUGCUCCAACGAACCGGGUAAAGAUUUGAAAACCCCCGCGAGGUACUUUGAGAGAAGUGUAGAGGACAAGAAGUUGAGGUAUUACAACAGGGAGGUGCAUUCUGCGGCUUUCGUGUUGCCGCAGUUUGCGAAGGCUGCUUUGGAGGUUUGACGGGGGAGUAGGGUGAGAGAGACUUAGACUUGGCUGGGAUUUUUCGUUUCUUCGUUUUAUCAUUAUCACGCACACAUAGAACAUUUUCAAUAGAUUGGCCAUCCUCUUCGCCAAUGUCCAUUUAGGACGUCCCUCC